CGCCGAGUAACACGGUGGGGGAUCCUAGCCUGCAUUGACGAAGUCCUGCCAAAUAUCAGCAUCGGCGUAAGUGCGAAACAAGUUGGCCAACGUGCUGUCCCUGCAAGCGUGGUCUUAGUAUUCAGCGCACCGUAUCAAUACCGAAAUGGACGCAGUUGAAAAGGCUAAUGCUGAAAGGCAAAGACGAUGGUCUAAGGACCAGAAGAUCGGUGAAGGUACCUAUGCCGUGGUGUACAGAGGGAGGGAACUAGCCACAGGGCGAAAAGUGGCCAUCAAGAAAAUCAAAGUAGGACAGUUCAAGGAUGGUUUGGACAUGUCCGCCAUUCGCGAGGUCAAGUUCCUGCGCGAAUCAAAGCACCAAAACGUCAUAGAACUUCUGGACGUCUUCUCGUCCAAGAAAAACUUGAAUCUCGUUCUCGAGUUUCUCGAUACAGAUUUGGAACUCGUCAUCAAGGACCGCUCUCUCGUCUUCCUUCCUGCAGACAUCAAGAGCUGGAUGGCUAUGACCUUUCGCGGUCUUGAGUUCUGCCACCGGAACUUCAUCUUGCACAGGGAUCUCAAACCCAACAAUUUGCUCAUCGCUUCCGAUGGUCAACUCAAGAUAGCUGAUUUCGGUCUGGCCCGCGACUUCGCCGACCCAGGGUACAAGAUGACCUGCCAAGUUAUCACGCGAUGGUACCGUCCACCCGAGCUUCUCUGGGGAUGUAGAUACUACAGCACUGCGGUUGACAUCUGGUCGGUCGGAUGCAUCUUCGCGGAGUUGAUGCUCCGUACCCCGUACCUGCCCGGGGAGACCGAUAUGGACCAGCUCAAGACGAUCUUUCGUGCAUUGGGCACGCCAACAGAAACAGAUUGGCCUGGGCACACGAAGCUGCCUGACUACGUCCCAGUGGGACAAUUCCCCAAGACGCCGCUGCGAGAGCUGUUCACUGCUGCCAGCACGGACUGUCUCAAUCUCCUGAGCCAGUGCCUCAUUUAUGACCCCAAGCGCCGCAUCAGCGCCAAAGAUGCCCUUAGCCAUCCCUACUUCUUCGCCCUCCCCUACCCUUCACACCCCUCGAAGCUCCCCAAGCCUGCAAAGAAGGACGUCCCUCUCGAGGAGAUGGACGGCAAUGUUGAGAUGGCGAGCUCCGGGCCCGGUGUGAAGGCGAACCCGCCCAACAAACUCAAGCGCAAGCACUCGUCCGAGGACCUCAGCAGUAGACCGGUCGCUAGACGGCUCGACUUCAGCAAAUGACGGAGUCGUUCCAAGUCCCGCCGAUCCACAUCACGUCCCUCGACAACCACGUUUCUCACAUCGCGCAUCCCGAGCAUCCGCGCUGGGGCGUUCACGCUCGAUGCGCCCAGCGCCCUCAUCAGGUUUGGAUGAGCACACAUGCACAGCAGACAAGAUAUCAGAGAUAUUGAAUGCCUCUGAAGCCG